AGUUCGCAUCAGGCACACGCGAGGGCAGCCCCUAGCGCCGUCCCAGAAGCCCCUGCGCCGCCCGGUCCCUGACGGGCCGCCGGGUCUUCCGCCGCACGUGUCUUUAGCGCGAUGCCCAAAUCCAAGCGAGACAAGAAAGUUUCCUUAACAAAAACUGCCAAGAAAGGCCUGGAACUGAAGCAGAACCUGAUAGAAGAGCUUCGGAAAUGUGUGGACACCUACAAGUACCUCUUCAUCUUCUCUGUGGCCAACAUGAGGAACAACAAGCUGAAGGACAUCCGGAAUGCCUGGAAGCACAGCCGGAUGUUCUUUGGCAAAAACAAGGUGAUGAUGGUGGCCUUGGGUCGAAGCCCAUCUGACGAAUACAAAGACAACCUGCAUCAGGUCAGUAAGAAGUUGAGAGGUGAAGUUGGCCUUCUUUUUACCAACCGCACAAAGGAGGAGGUGAAUGAGUGGUUCACCAAGUAUACAGAAAUGGAUUUUGCUCGAGCUGGGAACAAAGCAACUCUAACUGUGAGCCUAGAUCCAGGCCCCCUGAAGCAGUUCCCUCAUUCCAUGGAGCCACAGCUGAGACAGCUGGGCCUGCCCACUACCCUCAAGAAAGGUGUGGUGACCCUGCUAUCUGACUACGAAGUAUGCAAAGAAGGUGACGUGCUGACCCCAGAGCAGGCCCGUGUCCUGAAGCUUUUUGGGUAUGAGAUGGCUGAAUUCAAAGUGACCAUCAAAUACAUGUGGGAUGCCCAGACUGGAAGAUUCCAGCAAAUGGACGAUGACCUGCCUGAGAGCGCGCCUGAGUCUGAGGGAGAGUCUGAGGAGGAGGAUGACAGCUGACUCUGGGACUUGGGACUAAGGCCUUCCAAGCAAGAUCCUCAUGUCCACUGGACCACCCAGGACUGCUGUCACCCCUCUGCAGGAAGCAGCUAUUUAUUUUGCUGUGGAUAAAGACAAGGGGGGGUGCUAGGAGUGACUUUGUUUCUAUGAGGAAUAAAAUUUUGUCCAUAGGGUG